AUGGCAACUAUAUAUUGCAUUUAUAGGUAGAUAGCUCUAUAAUAAUUUUAUUAUUUUAAAAAAUAUUGUAGUAGACUAAUAUGGUAUAAAAAUCUGAAAUUUUAAUAUAAAAAAUUAAAAAAAUUAUUAUUUAAAUUUUAAAAAAUGCCCCCUAUAAUUACCAUGAAUAAAACUCAAGGCUUAAUAAAAGAUUACCCAUCCGCCCGUGACUUUUUUAUUACAAAAUUCAAUAAAAAACUCAUUCGCUUUCUCCCUAAAAAUCACCCUCCCACCCAAAUCUAUCACGACCCUGCUCUUUAUUAUGAAAAACUUAAUGGUAUUUAUUUAAGAAAAGUAGCCCGAUCCCUUCUUGCCAAAACUUCUCAGUGAUCAAUACACGAGGUAAUGAACUUUGUCCCAUAUAUUUUCCUCAACAUCCCAGAGCGCAGCCUUCAAAUGUCAUCGAUUUUUUACAUGAUGUAUCAUUAUCAUGAAAUUUCUGACGAAAUUUCCAAUUUAAAUAUCUUUAAAAAUUGAAUAGAGACAGGCUUAUUCGAUAAAGAUUCACUGGUUGAUUUUUGUGAAUAUUGCUUAAUGCCAUUUAUAAAUGAUAAACAGAGCUGAAUUGCUUUAAUAAUAAAUUGAGCAAAAGACCCACAUCCGAAUAUUAGAAGAGCUUCUGCACUUGCGAUAAGAAAAUGUGCAAUUGAUAAAAAUAAAGCCCCGCUAGCAUUAGAAGUAUGCAGACUUCUGCUAGAUAACUGUGAAGAAAAAGAAAUACAAAAUGCCAUUGGGCAAGUAAUGAGGCAGGUUGGGAAAAAAAGAAAAGCUAUGUUAAGGGCUUUUUUAGAGGAGCAUUUGCAUAGAAUUCCGAGAAAUAGCUUAAGGGCAGGGCUAGCACGAAUGAGUAGGAAAGAGCAGGAUUAUUAUAUGAUGGAGCAUGAGUUUAAAGCUGAGAAAAAAAGAAAUAAAAAACAUAAAACGCUGAUUUUGAUGGAAAGUUUUGAGAAGUCAUUAGGAAAUAAAAAAGAAGAAGAGUAA